AUGAAUCCAUCAGAUUAUAAUGAGAAUAAUAGCAAUUUAUCGAGGCAAAGAGAUGGUUCACUCAUUCGAAAAAAGCGACUACAAUGGGCGAUAGAAAAAGCAAAUGAAGAAACUUGGUUUCCAUUUGGUACACCUGGUGGCGGUGCACCGAACAAAAAACAUGAAGCAAUCGAUCAUCAACAUCUAAAGGAACUGCAGAACUGUGGAACAGCAGAGAGCGUUUGUGAAUAUUCUUCUUGUCAUUCCCAACAAUCAUCUGUUAGUAUCGAUAAACCGGUAAAUAUGGCAAAUCCUGUUAAGGUAGUCGAAGCUGGACCACAAAAUUCUUCAUUUAUAAAUCCAUGUUUAUCUCCUUAUGUGCCAUCUGUAAACGGUCCCAUACCUGUGCGUUUUAUUUAUCCACAGAAUUCAUUUGGACAAGCAAUGCAGCCUGAAGCUUUUCAACUGUCACCGAAUGGCUUUAGUGGUUAUUCUCUUGCUUAUCCUGUGCAGAUUAUUUCUCAAUCUUUCAAUGAUUUGUCGCAAACGAAAACGGCUGUAGAUGGUCAGCAACUUGAAGUUAUACAACCUUGCUCAGAACAGUGGGCAAAUCAAGCUUUAUGGCGAAAUUAUCCUCCAAUAGAAAGUGUAAGAACGUCAACACCAACAAGUUUCGGUAUUAAUAAUGCAUCUUCGGGUAAUCAACCUCUUGCUGUUGUUAGGCCUUUAAUAAUACCGAUUGUUCCACCAAACCAUUACAUGGAUCAGCAAUCUACUUUAUUAAGUCAACCAGUCCCUAGUGAAAAAAAUAAUUCAUUGAGCAGCUCAACAACAUCGCUGUGUUCUUCAUAUCUAAGGAGUAUCGAUUCAGAUUCGAAGAUACGCGCCAAACAAACUGAACAAAUAUUUGAUGCGCAAGUUUCGGAAAAGAAAAAAGCAGAAGCAUUGCGAAUAGAAGAAGAAAAAAAAGAAUUGAUUAAAAAGGAAAAUGAAAGAAAACAUAUGGAAGAAAUAGAAGCGGAAAAAAUUAAUGAGGAGGAAAUGCGGCGAUUGAAAGCUGAGGAGGAAAAGGCUCGAAUAGAAGCAGCAAUUCUCGAUUCUAUAGAAAAAGCUAAAAAAGAAGCGGCCUUGCUCAGGAAGGCAAAAAUUUAUAAACAUAUUCUUGAAGGUUCAGAAAAUACCUUGGAGAAAAGCGUCCUUGGUGAUGAUGAGCUUGAAAAUUCUAGAUUGAUACGUGAGGUGGAAGUUUUGGAACGUCAGAAACAAUAUGAUAUGGAAAGAUUAAUGAAUGGAUUAAAAAUCAAAAGCAAAGAUUCAAAAAAUGAUAAUCGCCAGAAUCCGAUGCCAAAAGGAUCGCGAAAUAUUAAUUGUUCAUCAACAUCGGCUGAUGAUUCUUUACCAUUUGAUAUGAAUUUAUCGCGCAAUAGUCGAGGAAGGCAAUCACUUCGAUUACCUUCAAAGCCAAAACAUUUAUUGCAGCAUCGUAGUGAUAGUACGGAACGGAUUUCAUUAAAAAACGACAUUAAAAAACGUCGAGUACCACCGGAGCAAAAUUCUUCUAGAAAAUCAAUUAAUGGUAGUACCAUUAGCGAAAAUAAUCAGUUUGUUGAAUCACCAGUUUCAAAUAAAUCUUUAGUCAAUGACCAGUGUUUCGAUGAAAAUAUUCCAAAUGGUGUUAUUUCAUCCUCGAAGAAUUCUUUUGAUCGUUUGCACAAACCAUCACCAGAAUUACGCCGUUCCAAUGCGAAUACCCUAGAUCACCGAUUAUCUAUAGGACUUCCAUCCAACAUUAUGAAGACACGUAAUGAAACAGUUAAUCGUUCGAAAAUCACCAUAAAUGGUAAUUCAACUUCGGUGAGUUAA